AUGUUGUCAGCGGCACGAAAAUACUUUCCCAAGAAACAAAACAAACAACAAGCCGAGCAGUCACUGUCACCUACUUUGAUCCCAACAGGAAGAUUAAAGGCAGUUGCAUCGUCUGCUCAACAGAGAGUUUGGUUGGAUGAACAAAUCUCUUUCAAUCCUUCCAGAUCGCCAGCCCUUUAUAAUAUAAUUUUACCAUUGGUAAUCAAACAAGGUUCCAUACUCAUUUCUAGCAUUCGAUCAGCCAUAGUCCACACACUGGAACGACAUGCCGUUCUUCGAACAGCCGUCUUCUUUAACCAAGAGAGUGGCGAACUCGAACAAGCAGUGCAACCAAUUAUUGCGGAUCAGAAUUAUUCGUUUGAAGUUACUCGUGGUGCAAAAUCUUUGGAAGAAAUUGAGACACUACUUGUAAGUGAAUUUACCACUCAUUUUGCCCAAGUGGAGCAUGGUCUGGUUGUUCGAUGUCAUCUAAUUAAAAUGAGUAUGAAUAGUGAAGACGAAAUAGAAGAGACGUUACAUGCAAAAGAUAUCAUCAUAUUCUUAAUUCAUCAUAUCGCAUUCGACAUUAGCUCCGUUAACACAUUUAUCGAUACGUUUACAGGAGCAUAUGAUCUGCGUGAACCACUUGAUUCUACAUUGCAAUAUAUUGAUUAUGCUCUCUACGAGCAGAAUUUACUAGCUGAUCCAGCUGAAAAUUCUAAGAUAAACGAAGCACGCCGGUUUUGGUCUACAUUGAUGAGUGGAUACGAAUGGUAUAAUGAUUACUCGUUAAUUAUAGGCACUACAAGCAAAACAAAAGUACGAUCUGGUCUAGGUCACGCGGUUUCAUUUGAUCUAGCCUCUGAUCUAGUUCAAGCUCAAAUAGAGUGUGCUAUGUCAAACAAUGUCUCGAUGUUCCAGUUGGGCUUAACAUGCUUCUUUGUAUUUCUCUACAAGCUGUGUAAUAGUAACAGAUAUGACUUUUGUGUAACUAGUGCAACGGACAACCGUCAUUUACCAGAAACAAAAACAAUGAUUGGCAUGUUUGUUAAUCUUCUGAUUUACCGCAUGAAAAUUGAUCCUGUCGAAUCAUUUACUACUUUAAUGCUACGAACUAGACAGCUAUGCAUCAACGUGCUUCAGCAUGCUGAAUUAUCUUAUGAUAAAAUUAUUGACAACAUUAAUAAUUCCCUGCCACCUAAAAUACCUUUCCACUUCCAGUACCAAUCUGUUAUGUCAUCACUGACAUAUGGAGCGACAGAAGUUACCAAGAUGAAGGAUGCAAUACUAAAAUCAUAUUCUGGUCGAGACUGGUCUCAUGGCAAUGGUACUGCUUUGAAUGAUCUAUCGUUAACUAUGACUCAUGAUUAUCAUCGACAAACAACCCAUUUUAUCUUUGAAUAUUCUACCGAUGUUUUUGAUGAUACAAUGGUAUCUACAAUAGGUCGACGUUUCCAACAUUUCCUGUCCCAAAUAUUUUCCACAGAUGUUGACAAAAAUCAAUUGAAUCAAAAUUAUGACCCAAUAUCUAAGUUGUCUAUUUUACUGUCGGAGGAUACUGAUGAAAUCCCACGAACUGUCUUCUAUCGAUUGCCAAGUACUGCUUAUACAGGUAAGGGUUUUAUCUGGUUCUGUUAA